GUCAGUGCAGAGGGGAGGAACAUCUGAUAGUUACCGGAUUAUCACAGAUUAUCACCGGACAGAGCAGCAGCGGCGGACCGAUUAUCUCUCUCAGCAGCUCUUCUUCUCUCUUCACCAUGGCUGAGACUCAGGGAAAAUUCGACUUCGCCAUCGACCGGGGGGGCACCUUCACCGAUGUGUUUGCCCGUCUGCCCGAUGGGAGCGAGAGAGUCCUGAAGCUCCUGUCCCGGGACCCCCAGAACUACAAAGACGCCCCAACAGAGGGGAUCCGCAGAGUCCUGGAGGAGGAAACGGGGCGGAUGUUCCCCCGCGAGCAGCCGGUGGACACCUCUCUGAUUGGCUGGAUCCGGAUGGGCACCACGGUGGCGACCAACGCUCUGCUGGAGAGAGAGGGGGAGCGCACGGCUCUGAUGGUCACACAGGGCUUCAAAGACCUGCUGCACAUCGGCACUCAGGCCAGACCCAAGCUGUUCGAUCUGGAGGUGGCAGUUCCUGAUGUGCUGUAUGAAGAAGUCAUAGAAGUGGCCGAGCGGGUUGUUCUCGUGCAAGAUGGCUGCCAGCUGCCCAGGAAAGACCCCAAGCGUAUUGUCACAGGCAGCACAGGAGACUCUCUGGAGGUGUGGAGGGAGCUGGAUCUGGAUCUGGUGGAGAAGGACCUGAAGGGGGUUUUGUCCCGGGGGAUCACCAGCCUCGCUGUCCUCCUGCUGCACUCCUACACAUGGUCGGAUCAUGAGAAAGCCGUCGGGGCUCUGGCUCUCCGUCUGGGCUUCUCUCAGGUGUCUCUGUCCAGCCAGGUGAUGCCCAUGGUGCGGGCGGUGCCUCGCGGAUACACCGUCUGCGCAGACGCAUACCUCACUCCCAAAAUACAUCAGUAUUUAAAAGGCUUCACCUCUGGGUUCAAGGGGGGCCUCAAGGAUGUGGACGUCCUGUUCAUGCAGUCGGACGGCGGGCUGACUCCCAUGGAUCAGUUCUGCGGGUCGCGGGCCGUCCUCUCCGGCCCCGCGGGGGGGGUGGUGGGAUACGCCAUCACUUCAUACAACCAGAUGGAGAAGAAACCUGUGAUUGGCUUUGACAUGGGAGGAACAUCCACUGAUGUAAGUCGCUACGCGGGUCAGUAUGAACACGUGUUCGAGGCAACGACUGCCGGGGUCACCCUGCAGGCCCCGCAGCUGGACAUCAACACUGUAGCUGCAGGAGGAGGGUCCCGCCUCUUCUUCAGAUCAGGGAUGUUUGUGGUUGGACCAGAGUCUGCAGGAGCUCAUCCAGGACCCGCCUGCUACAGAAAAGGCGGCCCUCUGACUGUGACCGAUGCUAACUUAGCUCUGGGUCGACUCCUGCCUUCCUUCUUCCCAAAGAUCUUCGGGCCGGGGGAGAAUGAGGCGUUGUCUUCAGAGGAAACCAUGAAGCAUUUCCAUCGUCUGAGCAAGGAGAUCAACCUCUUCCUGUCCUCUAAGCAAUCACAGGUUAGUACAAAUGGAGCCAACGGCAGCGGGUCAGAGAUGAGUGUGGAGGAGGUUGCGAUGGGAUUCAUCCGUGUUGCUAAUGAGGCCAUGUGCCGGCCAAUCAGAGCGCUGACACAGGCUAAAGGCCAUGACACCUCUCAGCAUGUGUUGGCAUGUUUCGGGGGGGCAGGUGGGCAACAUGCCUGUGCCAUCGCCCGCGCCCUGGGGAUGAAGACAGUCUUCAUACACAAAUACAGCGGCGUGCUGUCGGCCUACGGCCUGGCUCUGGCUGACGUGGUGGAGGAGGAGCAGGAGCCGUGUUCCCUGCAGUACGAGCAGCUGGCCUUCAGGGAUCUGAACCGGAGGGUGGAGCAGCUCUCAGAGCGCUGCCGAGAGACGCUGUGUGCCCGAGGAUUCAGCAGCAGUCAGAUAUCGCUGGAGGUCUUCCUCCACCUGCGAUAUAAAGGCACAGACUGCGCUCUCAUGGUCACCGCUGACGCUCACCCCGCUAACGCUCAGUCCUGUGCAGCCGGAGACUUCCGCAGCGCCUUCACCAAGCGUUAUCUGAAGGAGUUUGGAUUCACCAUCCCAGACAGACCCAUCAUGGUGGAUGACAUCAGAGUGAGGGGUUGUGGGAAAUCUGGGAUCAAAUCUGUGUAUAAAACCAAGACGGGGCGCGGACAUGCCAAACCAGUCACGAUGACCAAGUGUUACUUUGAGGAAGGGUACCUGGACACAGGUGUGUAUCUGUGGGAGGAGCUGCCGUCCGGUCACAGCAUCAAGGGACCGGCCAUCAUCAUCGACAAAAACAGCACCAUCCUGGUGGAGCCGUGCUGUGAGGCCCGGCUGACAGCAGGGGGCGAUGUGUGCAUGACGGUGGGCUCGGACCCUCACUGUGCUCUGGGCACGGAGCUCAACACCGUGCAGCUCUCCAUCUUCUCACACCGCUUCAUGAGCAUCGCAGAACAAAUGGGUAGGGUUCUCCAAAGAACCUCCAUCUCCACCAACAUCAAGGAGCGUCUGGACUUCUCCUGUGCCGUGUUCGGACCUGACGGAGGUUUGGUGUCCAACGCGCCCCACAUCCCCGUGCACCUGGGGGCCAUGCAGGAGACCGUGCAGUUCCAGAUCAGGUCUCUGGGGAACACUUUGAAAGAAGGCGAUGUGAUCCUGAGUAACCACCCGUGUGCGGGGGGGAGCCACCUCCCCGACCUCACAGUCAUCACACCAGUGUUCAGGAAGGGGGUGAGCAGUCCUGUGUUCUUCGUGGCCAGCAGGGGGCACCAUGCUGACAUCGGAGGCAUCACUCCAGGCUCCAUGCCCCCCCACUCCACCUCCCUUCAGCAGGAGGGGGCCGUCUUCAUCUCCUUCAAACUGGUCACUGGUGGGGUCUUCCAGGAAGAGGCUGUAACUGAAGCUCUGAUGGCUCCGGCCCAGUACCCAGAAUCCUCUGGGACUCGUAAUCUCCAUGACAACCUGUCAGACCUGCGGGCUCAGGUGGCAGCCAAUCGGAGAGGCAGCCAGCUGGUGGGGGAGUUGAUUGACAGCUACGGGUUAGCGGUGGUUCAGGCCUACAUGGGAUACAUCCAGAGUAAUGCAGAGCUGGCGGUGAGGGACAUGCUCAGAGACUUUGCUCGGCGCCGCCGGCAAGAAACGGGCUCCUUAGAUGUGGAGGCGGAGGAUUUCAUGGACGACGGGACAGCGAUCAGACUGAGAGUUCAGAUAAAUGAAACAGAGGGCAGUGCGGUGUUUGACUUCACGGGGACGGGGACCGAGGUUUGGGGGAACUGCAACGCCCCGCGCGCCAUCACCCUCUCCGCCCUCAUCUACUGCCUGCGCUGCAUGGUGGGCCAGGACAUCCCCCUCAAUCAGGGCUGUCUAGCUCCGAUCAAAGUGGUCAUUCCCCCCGGCUCGAUCCUCCAGCCUUCCCAGAAUGCAGCAGUGGUCGGAGGAAACGUGCUCACAUCCCAGAGAGUGGUGGACGUCAUCUUCAGGGCGUUUGAGGUGUGCGCCGCUUCACAGGGCUGCAUGAACAACAUUUCCUUCGGCAGUGAGAGCGUUGGUUACUAUGAGACGGUUGCCGGGGGAGCGGGGGCGGGGCCAGGCUGGAGGGGGCGGAGCGGAGUUCACAGUCACAUGACCAACACCCGCAUCACCGACCCCGAGAUCCUGGAGAAGAGAUAUCCCGUCAUCUUAGAGCACUUUUCUCUGCGGCCCGGCUCAGGAGGAGCAGGGAAAUACUGCGGGGGAGACGGGGUGGUGCGGAAACUUCUGUUCAGGAACCAGGUGGUGCUGUCGGUGCUGACGGAGAGGAGGUCCACCCGACCGUACGGCCUGCAGGGGGGUGAGGACGGUUCCUCCGGGUUGAACCUCCUGCACAGAGCCGACGGACGAGUCCUCAACCUGGGAGGCAAGACCAGCAUCAGCCUGCAGCCCGGGGACAUGUUCUGCCUCUACACCCCCGGAGGAGGAGGGUAUGGAAGAGAGGGGGACACGAACGGAAAACCCCAAACGAAGCGCCGGCGCCUCAACGACUCUUUCCCCGAGAGAGGCAGCGUCUUCGAGUACCGGAUGGCCCAAGAGGGAGUGUGAAGAGGAGUCAGAAAGAGAGGAAGAGUUAACAGAGAGAAGAAGAGGAGGUGGGAAAUCACAGAAACAGAGGGGGGCUUUUUGUCAGUGAAACGAUCAAAGCAAUAAACUGUGAGACAGAGAAAGGCACACACUAACGUUAAAAAGGGGAAAUAUGUCAAGCAACAGAUUUAUUUUGGAAAGCAUAAAAUAACCUCAGGCACAAAACUAAUUUCAAUAAUACUGUUUUGUAGAAUCUGUUUACAAAAAUGUAAUUGUUUGUUUAAAGGUGGGGUAGGUAAGUUUGAGAAACCGGCUCGAGAUACACUUUUUGUUAUAUUCCAUGGA